AUGGACUUAGUGGCCUUUGAGGAUGUUAAUGUGGAGUUUACCACGGAGGAGUGGGCUUUCCUGGAUCCCACCCAGAAGAAACUCUACACAGAUGUGAUGUUGGAAACCUUCUGGAACCUGGCAUCAGUAGCAUGUAUUUUAGAAGACCAAUGUGACAACCAUGACAGUGAAGAUCAAUAUGAAAAUUCUUGGAUGAAUCUUAGCAGUCAUAUGGUAGAGAGACUCUGUACAAGGAAGGAUGGUAGUCAAUGCAGAGAAAACUUCAUCCAGAUUCCAAAUAAUAAUAAUAAAAAGAAAGAAAUUUCUGAAAUAAAACAACCUAAAUCCAGGUUGUGUAGGCAAAUCUUCAUGCGUUACUUAUCCUUGAAUAACCAUCUGAGCUCUCACAUUGGACCCAACCUAUACCUGUGUCAGGAAAAUGAAGAAAACCUUUAUAAAUAUGAGGAACCUGAGAAAGCUUUCAAGCCUCACCAACAUAUUCAAAGUCAUGAAGGCAGUCCCAGUGGGAAAGCUUCCUUUAGAAAUCAUGAAAGAAUGCGUAUUUCUGGGAAACCAUAUGAGUGUAAGCAAUGUGGGAAAUGCUUUAGUUGUCUCAUUUUCCUUAAACUUCACAAAAAUACUCAUAGUGGAGAGAAACCAUAUCAAAGUAAGCAACAUGGCAAAGCUUUCAGGUCUCCCAAGUACUCUGGAGAAAAUGAAAGAGCGCUCACUGCAAAAAAACCCUAUCAAUGUCAGAAAUCUGAAAAAGCUUUUAGCUCCACUUCUCUUAGAAAUCAGGAAAGAACACACACUAGUGAGAAACCUUAUGAACGUGGAAACGUCUUCAAUUGGCUCACCUCUCUUCGAAAACACAAAAGAAGUCAGGCCAGAAAGCGGCCUCAUGAAUGUAAGGAAUGUGAUAAAACUUUCCGUUAUCCCUCUUUACUUAGAAUUCAUGAAAGAAGACACACUGGGGAAAAACCCUAUGAAUGUAAGCAAUGUGGGAAAGCUUUCUUUCAUCCAACUUCCUUCCAAAGUCAUGUAAAAGCUCAUAAUAAGGAAAAAUUCUACGAAUGUAAGCAAUGUGGCAAAACCUUCAGUUCUCUAGGCUCUCUUGGAAAACAUGAAAGAAAUCAUGCUGGAAAGAAGCCUUAUGAAUGUAAGGAAUGUGGCAAAACUUUCCUUUAUCACUAUUCCCUUAGAAUUCAUGAAAAAACUCAUACUGGGGAAAAACCCUAUGAAUGUAAGCAUUGUGGUAAAGAUUUUUUUCAUCGAACUUCCCUCCGUCGUCAUGAAAGAAUUCAUACUGGGGAAAAACCUUAUGAAUGUAAGCAAUGUGGGAAAGCUUUCUUUUAUACACGUUCCCUCCAAAGUCAUGAAAGAACUCAUAAUAAGGAAAAACCCUAUGAAUGUAAGCAAUGUGGUAAGACUUUUAGUUGUUCCAAAUCUCUUAGCAAUCAUGAAAGAACACAUAUUGUGGAGAAACUGUAUGAGUGUAAGCAAUGUGGAAAAGCUUUCAGAUAUUCCAUAUCUCUUAGAAAUCAUGAAAAAAUUCAUACUGUGCGGAAACCUUAUGAAUGUAAGCAAUGUGGGAAAGCUUUUAGAUAUUCUACAUAUUUUAGAAAUCAUGAAAGAAUGCAUACUAGGGAGAAAUCCUAUGAAUGUAAGCAAUGUGGGAAAGUUUUCAGACAUUCCACUUUUCUUAGUAAUCAUGAAAGAAUGCAUAAUGGGGAGAAAUCCUAUGAAUAUAAGCAAUCUGGGGAAGCCUUUAGUUCUCACAAUUCCCUUGCAACACCUGAAAGAAAUCAUGAUGGAAAGAAGCCUCAUGAAUGUAAGGAAUGUGGCAAAACUUUCCUUUACCCAUCUUUCCUUAGAAUUCAUGAAAGAAUGCAUACUGGGGAAAAACCCUAUAAAUGUAACCAUUGUGGUAAAGCUUUCUCUUAUCUGUCUUCCCUCCAAUGUCAUGAAAGAACUCAUAAUAAGGAAAAACCCUAUGAUUGUAAGCAAUGUGGGAAAGCUUUCAGACAUCCCAUUCUUCUUAGAAAUCAUGAAAGGAUGCAUACUGGGGAGAAACCCUAUGAAUGUAAGCAAUGUGGGAAAACCUUUUGUUCUCCUAAUUCUCUUGCAACACAUAAAAGAAAUCAUGAUGGAAAGAAGCCUCAUGAAUGUAAGGAAUGUGGUAAAACUUUCCUUUAUCCUUCUUUGCUUAGAAGUCAUCAAAGAAUGCAUACUGGGGAAAAACCCUAUGAAUGUAAGCAUUGUGGAAAAGAUUUCUCUCAACGAACUUACCUCCGUCGUCAUGAAAGAACUCAUACUGGGAUAAAAUGCUAUGAAUAUAAGCACUGUGAUAAAGGUUUCUAUUAUCUGUUUUCUCUCUAA